AUGCAGCCGCAGAUGCUGAUCAUCUCCUGCAGGGGCACGCGGAAGCUGCUGAACCAGGAGGAGGUGGCGGCGGCGGCGACAGAGCUCGGGUUCAACGUGACGGUGGCGGAGGCGGGGGCGUUCGUGGCGCUGGUGAACGCGGCGGACGUGCUGCUGGCGGUGCACAGGGCCGGACUGACGAACCAGAUCUUCCAGCCGACGCAGGCGGUGGUGCUGCAGAUCGUGCCGUGGGGGAACAUGGACUGGAUGGCCACCAACUUCUACGGGCAGCCGGCGCGGGACAUGCAGCUCCGGUACGUGGAGUACUAUGUCGACGAGGAGGAGACGAGCCUCAAGGACAAGUACCCGAGGGAGCACCUGGUGUUCAGCGACCCCAAGGCGCUGCACAAGCAGGGGUGGCAGGUGCUCGCCGAGACCAUCAUGAAGCAGGACGUGAAGGUGAACCUCGCCAGGUUCCGCCCCUUCCUGCUCCAGGCCAUCGACAAGCUGCAGGAGUAGCGGCGGCGGCGCCGU